AAUUCGACACCUGUCGAUCAAGAUCGACUCACAAGGAGAAUAUAUGAAAUUAAUAGCUUUUUUGGCCUUGGAAUGUGCCCGUCCGAACCCCGAACCCUCGGUUGGAACAAUUUUCUGCGUCUUUUGCGCUCCAAGUCAAGUUCGCCUCGCGAACAAAGGCCGCCCCUCGAAAAAAGGGCGAAGGAACGAACGGCUCUUCAGCGGUUUCCUCUCGUUCUCGUUGGUCGACCUCGAUGAUUGUGGUUUAGAACCUCAGUUGGAACCACUUCAGACAGUGAAAGACAAUGGUUGAGUGAACACUUUUUUCUAAGGUGACUCCGGGUUUUGUUACUCAGCAAACAUCUUCCCCGUCUUCUUGGCGAUCCACAUCAUUUGCUUCGCCGACAAUCUCUCUUGGUUCCGUUUCCGCUCCAACGAUCAUUCAAUCAUCAUGUUCCAAACAGGUGGCAAAGCCUCGAAGAAGGACCCUCGCUCUUGGCCGUUGGAACUUGCAGUACCAGAAGAUUCUCUCUCAAAGAGGGGCUUGGAAACCGGUCUGUGCUCAAGAUUAGAUCUCUUCUAACCUUAUUACAAGAUGAUGGAGAGUCACAGCAGUGGAGCAAAGAAGCACUCAACGGAGGCCAAGAAUAUUGAUCCCAAAAUUACCCUGAUCCAAAAGUCAGAUCCGCUUGAAGCUGAGCCCACUCGAUUUCAAUCGUUGGUGGUGUACGACGAUCCUGAUCGCCAUCAGAGUCAUUUCGGAAGUGGUUUUAGGACCGAAAUCCAAUUGAUUGAGCCUCAAGGGUCCCCACGGGCUAGCGGGAUUCACUUGACAGACGUUCCCAAUGGAAAGGUUCACCACUCAACGAGCUCCAAAGCGAGUCCUGACAGCACAACGCCCUGCUCACUUGGCCUCCCGAAAUGUCUCAAGUUCCAAAAGAUGCGCUUCAAUGAUGAGAGGGUCCCCGCCAAUAAUCGUCUCUUAGGCCAAACGAGUUGCUCCAAACGCUGCUCGCCGUGCUUGUCACGUUUCGACAACAUGAGUGGCUCUCGGCUAUUCCUGCUCCAAGCCAUUGUGGUCUGGUCGUUAUUGUGUUUACCCGGUAAUUUGGUCACGAUUGUUCUCCAUCUUCGUGUGGGGCCCGCGGCAUCCAACGACGUGGACAUGAUUUCAAUGACAUCCGAUGUGGGCUAUGCUUCCACCAACUACUCGGCUCUUCCAACCAAUGAACUGAUUCAACAAGACUAUGAUGAUGGCCAAGACCAAGACUAUGAGGUGGAAAACGACUCAGGUGAAGAUAAUAAUCCGCAUCCUUGGAUGACAGAGGUUGGGAUAUCGGAUCCAUUCGGAAACCUCACCUUGAUGUCGUGGCUCAUGUCCGUGGACUCAACUAUCCAGAGGAAUUUAUCUCUUUGCUUGUGCGCAAGCCGAUCCCAAUUGGGUUCAUGCUCGACAAGCUUGCUCAAGAUUUUCAAGACCGUCCAUUUUGGAUCGGACCAUGCCCUCUUCUGCACUCGAGUGUCAAAACUUGGCUUUCCAGAGUUGUGUAUGGACGACGAGAACGAUUAUGAGUGGCUCCGCUCUCUGUGUCCGCACUCGAUCGGAGAUUCGUUUUCCAAUGUGAACGUCACGGGUUCGAGCGGGGGUCGAUUGCCUUGCUUUGAGCUCCACGCAGAGUACAACUCCUUCCUGGAUUCCUCCAAAUACUGGCUCGAAGGAGUGGGCAUCUGUGUGGUGGGUGUGUUUGGCCUUUGUGGAAAUGUCUUGACCAUCAUCGUCCUACGGAAGUCGGAAACCAACCGACCAUUUAACAGGCUUCUCAUGUGUCUGGCCAUCGCCGACAGCUUAUUGAUCUUCGUGUCCAUUGGUGAGACGGCCAUUGUGGGCACGUUUAUGACCACCCAUCCCACGUGGUACAAACUGUGCUACCCUUACUUGGUCCAUCCCCUGAAGGGAAUUGUCCAAACAGCGACCAUCUUCAUGAUUGUGGCUGUAUCGGCAGAGCGAUACAAGGCAGUUUGUCAUCCUCUUAGCCACCGCCACGCCCCAUUCAAGUUCGUGCUCAUGGUCAUUUUCACAUCCAUUGGUCUGGAGUUCCCGCGGUUCUUCCAAUUCCGUUUGGUCAACAACGGAACGCACACGGAUUUCUGGACCACCAAGCUCAUGGAGGAUCCCACUUACAUUCAAUUCAGCAGCUACUGGGACGAGAUGAUCACGACAGGAGCCGUCCCUUUGGCGGCCUUGAUCUAUUUCAACCUCUGCAUGAUCCUCAAAAUCAGGGCUUCCAACAAGUUCAGUCAUCGGUUUGUGGGUCGCCGGGACUCCCCACAGAUCGACACAACCCUGGAGAAUACUCAGACCGUGAUCGGUGGUCAGGAGUACUUUGAAGGACCCUCGGGCACGGAGAUGAUGAACAUCCGUGAUCCUAAUGCAAUGCCUUCGCCGCGCUUUUUUGCUCAACAAAGACGGUCGGUAAUGCGGCGAAGCUUCUUUGGCAAGACCUUGAGCAACUCCAAUGAACGCGAUCGGAGACCUUCCGUCCAAGGUGAUCCGUUCGAUAGUGUCAACAAUAUCCGGAGCUUGAGUGUCCGCAAGAGUCGUCGAACCAACGCACAUCACUUCCAGAAGCGGAGGGAGAAGUCCACGAUGAUCCUCGUGUUGAUUGUGCUCAUUUUUAUCGCUUGCCAUUGCUAUCGAUUGGCAUUGAAGGUGUAUGAGUUUGUGAACCCGCAUAAUAACACGGCUGAGCAUUUCACGGCCUGUCUCAAUCAGCAGCGCUAUCACAUCCCCAUGAUCUUUUACGUGCUGGGACACAUUCACCAUCUAGUUUUGGUCUUGAAUUCCUCCACCAAUUUUAUCAUCUACUGUUGUGUGGGAAAGGAAUUUAGGACGAGAUUGGUGGCACUCUUUUGCUCGCCCAAGCGAUAAACUUUCCACGAGGAAUUUCUCAUCAGACAGAGGAUAAAAUGUCAAAAUGUAUUUUACAAGCUCUAAAUAUACAUCUAUUGCCGUUGUGUUUCGUAAAGAAAACGUUCAUUUCUGACUUGGGCUUUCAGUGGGACUAUGUAGGUACUCACUGUGAGGAUAAAUCAUUCAUGAACGCUCCAAAACAGGAACUACUUGACCAUCGAAUAUUUAUUGCCUAUUGCUUUUCUCACAUUAGCUUCAGGCUUAUCCCCUCAAGCCUCAUGCGUAAUGGCUGCUUUUCCACCUCUGAAGGUCAAAACUUGGAUUGUGGGUCAAUCGUCUAUAAGGAGAAGAAAGGGAACGUGUACCAAUUGGGUACAUCUCUGAAUACCACUGU